UUGGUCUCAUUGUGGAAAAUAAAUUAAUGAGCCACCAGAUAUAGUUUCAUCCAUUGAUUAGUUGGGGAUUUCCUACUUAGUGAACCACUUCAUUUGGUUUUGUAAGAGAUUUAAGCUCUUAGAUGAUACUAAGUGUUAAUGGUUCAGUCUCGGUCCACUGGUAGCGAGUGGGGAUACAUCUAGUUGACGGGUCUCAAAGAAAUACGCUCCACCUUCUUCACUCUUAUAAAUAAUUCGGCAACGCUACUUAUUUCAUCCCUGCCAUUGUGAUUUGGUGGCACAGCAGUCAGGACGACGACAAGUUUCAAUCACCGCUUCAGAUUCAUUUUAUAUCAAUGGUUGACCUGUGGAAUUUAGGCUACCGAUAGAUAACUCGUGCUGAAAGGCUAUAGUUGUACCAACAUAUUGUAGAGAAUCAUGCUUUAAUCAAAAAGCACGUCUAAGCGCAUAUUUUCUGGUUCUAGAGGAUGAGCGAAACCAAAUAUUAUUUAGGAGUGUCCCACUUAAACUUGAUUUUAAACAUAUAGGAAUGCUUCGAUGUAUUGAUUCGACUGUCAUUUGUAUUAACGAAGCAGUUUGUUCAAUCUGCUAUAACAUAACGUGGAACUGAUUGACCUGGAGUUAGGAUAGCUGUUGAAGUGUGUUGAUUUCCUGAAGACAUUACUGUCAAGAAUGACAAGUGUUCUGCCUAGCUUCAUUUUCAAAUCGAAGAAAGCCAAGUUCUCGUUGCUCAUUUUAUAAGUCUUCAUCUAGCUUGGCAAUCACACUUCAAUCCUGACUAUUAGCACCAAAUCCAAGGAUCAGACAUAAGACAUUGGUUACUCUGAAGUGAUGAAUCCAGCGAUGACAUACAUUUUCCAGAAAUUCAAAUACCUUUGAGUUGAGAAUAGAGCAGGAGCGAGUUGAUUGCAUAUUUCACUUUUUGGAAAAUGAGCCAACUCUGUAUUGUUUCCAUUAAAGAUUGACAGACACCUAACUUCUCUUCAGAGAUAGGCUUCAGAAAUCUCAGACAGCUAAGAAAUCCCUCCUUAUAAUCACCGUUUAAUCGAAAUCUCCCAUCCUUAGAAUAAGGUGGCUCUCACUUCCUAGAUUACCACCUGAUCGUUAAUUUCUCUCAUUAAAAGACAUUUGUAUUCGUCCAGCAAACAACCAGUAAUUGUAUAAAUGUGUGGUUCCAUCUUACAGGGUGAUGAGAACACAGUCAUUCAUGUUUGGGAAAGCAUCGCUUGGAAAGGAUUUACCAAAGAGGCUACGGAAAAAAAGUUCAACGUCAUAGUUACUGGUGAUUGGAAUUUAAAUAAUCUACAUAACGAAUAUGAAUGGACAAAAUACUACGAACAAGAUAUCAGAGAAUUUGGAGGCACAGACGAGGAGGCAUCAUUAGUCAUUGGUGGUGAAGCUACACUGUGGGGCACACGUGUGGAUGAGACCGAUGUUAUCACUCUGGCAUGGCCCAGAGGUGCAGCUGUAGCUGAAAGACUCUGGUCGAAAAACCCUGAGACAAUUGAAGAAUUCUCACAACGAAUUGGUGAGCUUCGAUGCAGAAUGCUCUAUAACAACAUAGAAGCUCAUCCAGUCAACGGUCCAGGUUUCUGCCCAACUAAAAUUAUAAGAACAUGAACAAACUGGAGACAGUGAAUGAAGAUUGCUGCUUGCCUUUUUGUGCAUCGGAAUUUUAUUGAUUUCCAUUUUAUUUAAAUGAAAUUUCUAAAUAUUUUCAAUAUCCACUGAAUACACUUUUCUGAAAGAAGUAACUUUUGUCUGUCUGAGUGAGUGCAGGCUG